GCGCGCCUCUGGCGCCACCAGCCGGUCGCGCGCUGGGAACCGGAAGUGGCGUCAGCGGCGCGCGACCGGAAGCGGCGGGAGGAGGCGAAGGGUGCAGGAGGAGGCGGCGGCGGCGGCGCCGGAGCGGCCCCGCUGACUCUGAUGCUCAGCAAGUGACCUCUCUCCAGCUUCCAAGAUGGUAAUAAACGUCUGUCUCCCACAGUUCAAGCCAAGAAUUCACUGCAACAAGAUCUCUGCCGAUGGCUACGAGGUGGAGAACCUGAUCUCCGAGGACCUGGCGCGGAGGAACCGCGGCUUCCGCAGCGAGUACUUCAUCAAACCCCCGGUGCACGUCACCAUCUCCUUCCCCUUCAACGUCGAGAUCUGCAGGAUCAACAUCGACAUCUCCUCGGGGGGCUACCAGACCUUCUCCGGGCUGGAAGUUUACACCUCUACCUCAUGCAACAAAACCUCUUGGCAGAGCCCCGAGGGGCAGUGCUCAGGCCUGGCCGGGCAGCCUGUGUCGGACAAGGACACCUUCACCCUGGUGGGCAAAGCCGUCUUAAAAAACCAGAGCAAAGUGACUUUUGGCCACAGAGGCUUCAAGCCCAGGCCUCCCUUCCAUCAGAUGGAAAACGUCUUCUCCUACCCCGGCUCGGUGUCUCAAGACCUCUGGAACAAAGGGCCGGCCUCGCUCAGCAACGUGUCCCACCUGAAAAUCUGCAUCACCCACGUGGCCGGGGGCGGCCUGCCCAGCAUCAAGAGGCUGGAGGUGUGGGGACAGCCUGCCAAGUCCUGCCCGCAGGAGGUGAUCGAGGGCGUCUUCCAGGUGGCCUCCCAGUUCCUGGCGCAGGACGUCGGCAGCGUCAAGCCGGAGCCCUGGACACCGAUGGAGAGCGACUGCGUCCCCUUCAGCGCCAGCGAGCAGCACACCCUGCACAAGCUGGUGGAUGUGGUCCAAGACAUCCCUGAAGAGUUCCUGGACCCCAUCACUCUGGAGAUCAUGACUUUACCCAUGCUCCUGCCCUCUGGGAAGGUGAUUGACCAGACCACCCUGGAGAAAUGCAACCGCAGCGAGGCGUCGUGGGGCCGCGUCCCCAGCGACCCCUUCACGGGGGUGGCCUUCAGCCAGCACUCGCAGCCCCUACCUCACCCCACCCUCAAGGCCAGGAUAGACCAUUUCCUGCUGCAGCACAGCAUCCCUGGCACCAACCUGCUGGGCAGGGCGCAUGCCGCGGACAGCCCGGUGCCCUCCUCCAUCACCAUGUCUUCUCUGAAAAGGAAAAUGGACUGCAUGGAUCAGGGCUCCUUGCAGCCGCCCUAUUUUUCUGCUACAAACUUACUUGUCACGGCUACCUCAGAGAACAGUGCUAAAAAAAUGAGAACUGACAGUGACUCCCACUUGAUCCAGAUGGACUGUUCCACAGACCUGGUGUCCCACGAGCAGAAGCUGUCGGAGAGCUUGGACACUGCGCUGACCUCUGCUCUCAGCUCCAUGCCCUCCUUCACGGCCAAGCUGAUGAAGAGCCAGCAGCAGGCUCCAGGAGAGGGGGGCAGCAGCAGCUCCUGGAGCGUGGGCACGGUCCUUGAGCACGGCAGGAGCAGCCAGACCCAGGGAUGUGCUUCCUGUGGCAAAUCCUUCUCCUGCUACUUCAAGGCAGAGCCCGUGUACCAGCUCCCCUGCGGGCACCUGCUGUGCCGGCCCUGCCUGGCCGAGCGCCAGAAGGCUCCGGCCUCCCCCGUGCACUGCGGGAGCUGCAAGAGGGCGGCGGCCACGCAGGACGUCAGGAGGGUUCAUUUCUGAGCCCUGGGGCUGCAGGAGCACGGGGAGGAGCUGCUGCUGCUGCUGCUGCUGCUGCUGCUGCUGCUGCUGCUGCUGCUGCUGCUGCUGCUGCUGCCGUGUCCGCACGGAGCCGCCCCAGAGCGGAGAGGACUCGCUCUUGUGCUGACGGGGGUUGGAGCGCGGCGCCGGAGCCUGAGGAUGACAAAAGCCAUAGCUUCUUUAUGGAGGAAGAUGUAUUUAUCCAGGACUGGUCUCCAGCACUGCCCCGAGGCCCAGAGGUUUAGCACAGGUGCCUUUCGGACCAGCUCGGCUUCCCCCGCCAGUUCACGCCACGUUUGACCAGCAGCCGCCCGGUUGUGGAGCAGGUAAAGUCCCUGUGAGUGACAACACACACAAAAACCCCCUCUGAGCUCCUCCCCUUGCCCACCUGGCCCUCCCCUCCCUGCUGGGAGCGUGUCUCUCGUCCUGGAGUCAACAGUGAGGCGUGAGGAGCUGGCAGUGAUCUCGCCCUGCUCAUCCAGACUCUUGUAGAAAAGCCAUCCCAUCCCACCCUUUGGUUUAUGUCGUGUGACCAGCCCAGCUCCUGGCUGGCUGAUAGACAUUUAAGCCUUAAUAAAAUGUUUAAAGUCAG